UNAGAUCUCGUGACGGUGAAGACUGAAAUUCAUUCAAUAUGCAAGGAACCUUACAGCAUCUACAAAGCAGUGCUGAAAUCUAAGAACUCGAUAAACGAAGUGAACCAAAUCGCGCAGCUUCGAAUUAUUAUAAAACCAAAACCUUGUGUUGGAGUUAGGCCCCUUUGCAGUGUACAGCAGAUAUGCUACCAUGUGCUUGGACUUGUACAUGGAAUUUGGACACCUAUCCCGCGGGCUAUGAAAGACUACGUCGCCACUCCAAAGCCUAAUGGCUAUCAAAGUCUUCAUACAACAGUGAUCCCAUUUCUUUAUGAGAGCAUGUUUCGUUUGGAAGUUCAGAUAAGAACUGAAGAGAUGGACCUGAUAGCUGAGAGAGGCAUUGCUGCGCAUUACAGUGGGAAAGGUUUUGUAAAUGGUUUAGUUGGGCAUGUUAUAAUCAAUGGUAGGAGUUCACGAGGGAAAAUAGUCUGCCUUAACAAUGCCAAUAUUGCUCUCAGGAUUGGCUGGCUGAAUGCAAUUAGGGAGUGGCAAGAAGAGUUCGUCGGAAACAUGAGUUCUAGGGAAUUUGUGGACACUAUUACCAGAGAUCUGUUGGGUAGUCGUGUCUUUGUGUUUACACCCGGAGGAGUGAUAAAACAUCUCCCAAAGGGGGCUACCGUCAUUGAUUACGCGUAUAUGAUACACACUGAAAUUGGCAAUAAAAUGGUGGCCGCAAAGGUGAAUGGUAAUCUUGUCUCUCCAUUGCAUGUACUUGCAAACGCAGAAGUCGUAGAGAUUAUCACCUACAAUGGUCUCUCCAGCAAGUCUGCUUUUGAGAGACAUAAAGAGUGGCUUCAACAUGCAAAAACUCGUAGUGCCCGGCACAGGAUUAUGAAAUUCUUGAGAGAGCAAGCUGCAUUAUCAGCAACUGAAAUAACAGUGGAUUCGGUAAAGGAAUUUGCGGCUGAGUCUGAAGGUGACAGUGGAUUGGAAGAAUUAGCAGAUUAUUCUAAGGAAACCAAACAUUCGUGGGAGAAAAUCCUCAAGAAUGUUAUGGAGACAUCAUCUGCAAGUAUGAGUACUGAAGAUAUUUUCCAACUCCGUAGUACUAGUAUUCAGAUUCCCAAGGUAAAUGGGAAACAUAACAAAUGCAUGCAGCAUAUGAGUUUGAAGGCCACAGGGGAGACAUUGUCACAAGGAAAUGGUGUUGGCAAAAUGAUACUUGCUAACAUACCAAGGUACAGGGAAGUUCUGCCAGGAUUGGACGGCUGGCUGGCUAGCAAAGUUGCAACUUGGCAUAACCUGGAAGGGCACUCUGUCCAGUGGCUUUGUGUUGUCAACAUAGAUCGAAAAGGCAUGAUGGCGAAUGUUACUUCAGCAUUGGCAGCCGUAGGCAUCAGCAUAUGUUCUUGUUCGGUUGAGACGGAUAGAGGGAAGGGAAUGGCUGUCGAGCUAUUUCAUAUUGAAGCGAGCCUCGAGAGUUUGGUUGAUGCAUGUGCAAGGAUCGAUAUGAUCCUAGGUGUUUUAGGAUGGUCCACGGGUUGCAGCUGGUCAGAGAACAAACAGUUUCUAGAAUGCUAGUUUAAUGGCUUGAUGAAGAGUACUUGCCCAGCUGUUGAAAGCGUGAGAAAAAAGUUUUGUCCUCUAAAACCAGAAUUCCCUUUUUCUCAUUUCUGGGUGUUUUUCUCUUAGUUUUCUUUGAAAAGUAUUUCCCCUUCCACCCUCUUGACAAGUAUAGAAGCAAACAAUAUUAGGCAAUAUGGUGUCAGGCGAUUGUGUAUAUAAAGGAAUAGUAGUGACGAGUUAUACUUUUAAAGGCAUUUUGAACUAUACGAACUCCAACAAACUGAUAGAUAUUCUAUACAAAAUGUAUUCAGUAUUCCCGAUCUUAUCCUUU